AUGGGUGAGGAGAUUGUAUGGAAGUGCAAGAAGCUGUGUAAAGGCAGAAGCCGAGCCAUUUUAAAAAUGUCAGAGCUAACGUUAGGUCUAGGACGAAAACGAAGAAUUGACAUCUGGUCACAUUUCACAUAUGACAACAAGGACAACAAGACCGCCUGUAAACAGUGUGGAGCAAAAAUCGCUGGGAAAAACACCACCAACUUGAAGCGACAUUUACAGACGACUCAUCCAGAAAUACAUGCCAAGAUACAGAAGACGUAUGAUGACAAAGAUGGCCAUGGGCCAAGUGAAAAUAAAGCUAGUGCUGCUAGUGCAACCCAGCAGCAGGCCAUCUCUACAGCUUUCCUAUGUUCUUCAAAGUACAAAACCGAAUCGAAGGAACAACAGACCAAGGAGCAGGCCAUAGCUAGAUGGAUUGGACGCACAGGUUUACCACUCACAACAAUUGAAGAUGAGGACUUUGUGCUAAUGAUGGAGAUAGUGGAUAGGAGACUAACAGUUCCAAAGAAAACUAAAAUGAGCAAUUUGAUUGAAACGCAGUAUGAGCAUGAAAGACUAAAAUUCAAAGAGAGACUGGCUGCUGCCCGGAGAGUAUCCAUUGGCCUUGACUUGUGGACAAAAAAAGGCCUAACAGCCUCAUUCCUCGCUAUAAGUGCAUGCUACUUUUGUGUUGAACUAAGUAAACCUGUACAUAUAUUGUUGGCCCUUGAACAAGUAACUCACCCACACACUGCACAGUCUAUUAAGGCAUGUGUGGACAAAUGUAUGCAAGAGUGGGCCAUACCAAAGCAGAAGAUCCUGACGGUAAUAACAGACAAUGGGAGUAACAUGGUGGCAGCCUUUAAAAACACCACAGCAGAAGAAACCAGCUCUGAGGACGACUCCCCUGGGUCCACGAUGGAAGGUGACUCUGAAAUUGAUGACCAGCGGUACCAUCAUGUCGAUAUGGAAAUGGACCGGACACCGUGUGUGGUGCAUACCAUACAACUAGUGGUCCACAUGUUGCAGAAAGAGACAACUGUCAAAAAAGUCCUCGAUAAAGCAAGGUCUGUGGUGAAGCUCUUUCGCAAGUCCUCAGUUGCAACACAGAGGUUAUUGGACCAGUGUGGGGUUAUUGUUGUAAAUGACUGCCCCACACGCUGGUCAAGCACAUUUAACAUGGUCACACGACUCCUCACAGUCAAAGAUUCAGUCUGUCAAAUCUCAAAUGACAUGGGAUGGGACAAUUUGCUUACUAGUGAGUGGCAAAAACUUUCAUCAUUGCAUGACUUACUGCUGCCUUUUGCGGAACACACUAAAACCCUCCAGAGUGACACCGCAUCAAUGUCCCUAGUGGUUCCUGCCCUUUUUGAUCUGCUGAGCCACCUAACUGACUUUGCAAAGAACACUCGGUACAGGGACCUCGUCACUCUUGCAGAGAAAAUGAGAUCAAAUCUGAACCAGCGUUUUUCUUGCCUCUUAGAUCCAACCGAUGAAAAGUUCUCAGCACUUGCAGCUGCUGCCUGCUUUGUUAACCCAACUGUCUGUGAAAUCCUUGUAAAUGUUGAUGUGGCUGAUGGAAAUAUCCAGGAACUUCUGAAACAGGCAGAAGACUAUGUGGUCAAAUGCACUUUCCCACACACAGGACAGGAGGACCAGUCUGAAGAUGAUGCAGAAGAAGAGGUUGAGGAACCAGAAGCAGCACCAUCCUCAAAGCAGCCGGUGUUUAGGUUCCUCUCAAAAUGCCGCACCUCAAGGCCUAAACAGAAAACCUCCACAACUAGCAUCAGGCAGCAGAUCAUCAAGUACAAGGAAGAACUUUCACAUCCCAUCACUGAGGACACAGGGACAGACUUCUGGCUGGCAAAGAGUGACAGUUUUUAUCACAAUUUAAAACCUUUUGCAUUAGACUUGUUGGCUAUGCCAGCUUCUCAAGCUUUUGCAGAGAGGGUAUUCAGCAUCACAGGUGACCUCACAAGAGGACGGCGGAACAGGGGAAGGGUCACGUUGGAGCGAAGUGCUUUCCUUAAAAUGAACAGAGACAAAUAGAACUGUUGUAUUCACUGCUAUUUACAGUAUUUCCUGUAGUAGCAUACGCACAACUUGAAAGUUACUGAUCUUGUAUUUUUGUUUAAUAUGAGAGCAGAGUUCUUUUUUUUUUUCAUGCAAUAAUGGCAUUACAGCUUAGCAUGUAAUUCAGUUGUCUUGAGUUGAGCUCAUUGAUAUUAGCUCAUUGAUACUACUUUUAAUUAUUAACAGAAGAAUUAACAGAGGAAUAUUUUGUGCAAUGACAUUACAACCAAUGCAUAUUUUCUUUUACAUUUUGUUUUUCUUUUCAAAUCUCUUUGAUUUUGCACACAAUGCACAGAGUAAUAGAUGAUGAAGAAGAUGAUGCUUAGAGAGUUGUGUGCUUUUUAGUUUAAUUUGAUAUUUACCUGUGUUUUCAAUGCUGAGAGAGCAUUUUUUUUUAUUAACUAGAACAUUAAGGAGUGUUUCUUUGGUAGUGUGUGUGUAAUGGCAUUACAGCCAAUACAUCUUUUGUUAUACAUUUGAGAAUUGCACUAAUCUGUUCUGUUCAAAUCUUGUUGAUUUUUGCUUGUUGAAUGUUGAGUAGCAAGCAAGGCAUUCUAAGACAUUGUAGCCUAGCAGUUAUUUAACUUUUCUUGAGGUAUGUGAACCGUAACGGUAGUGAAUUUUCUGUAUUUAGAAACCUUGUGCAAUGGCAUUACUUUUUUAUUGUUUUUGAGAAUUGCACUUUAUUUUUCUUAAUGCUUUUGAUUUUGCACAGACCGUUAUUGCAUUGCAUAUCAUUCAGGGAGAAUGCAUAUCUUUUUCAGAGGGCAUGUAUAUUUUUCAUGGAGAGCAGGCCUUAUGUUUAUUUUAUGUGAUUUUAUCUUUUGUGAAAAAAAAGUUACGGUCCGUGUUUUUGACAUUAAGAAUAAAAUAAAAUACAUGUUUUGUAUUACAGCCAUUAAA